CCUUCCUUAAGCGACAACUUUUUGAGCAAACCACAAGGCGGGAGGAGGGGUUUGUCCCGCGGAGAGAGAGGAGGAGGAGGAGGAGGAAGUAAGUGAGGGGAGCGCCGAGGCCGGAGGGGCAGGGGGCUGCUCCGUGCCUCCGCCGCCGCCCCGCUCCCCCGCGGUGCCCCUGGAAUCUACCGGGCCCAGCACGGAGGGCUGGCUGCAAACUCUGCCGGCGGCCCGAGCCCGAGGCUGGGAGUGCCUGCAGCCCCCUCCUCCCCGGGGGCGCGGGGAGACCCGGCAGGAGUUCACGGACCCCUCUCUGCUACGGAGCUGCUUUUAACUCCCUAAGAUGAGGAUCCGUCUGGCGAGAAGAUGGACGUGGGUCCGCAAAAGCUGCGUGUUCCUCGGCUUCUUAAUGAUCGCUUACUUUGUGGUCGAGCUGUCGGUUUCUUCCUUUGGUGCCUCCCUCGCCGGCGAGAGCAUCACUAAAGGGAAAUGGGAGAGGCGCUUUUCUGACAGAGCAGAAGAAGCUGUCGAUUUGGCUCGUCCAGUGUAUGACAAACCCCGACCUGACCCUUACGCUCCGGGAGAAUGGGGUAAACCCUCUCGCCCACAGCUGAGUCCUGAGGAAAAGAAACAGGAAGAAGAGCUGAUUGAGAAAUAUGCAAUAAAUAUUUAUUUAAGUGAUAAAAUUUCUCUCCACCGGCACAUUGAAGAUAAUCGACUGAGUGGUUGUAAAGCUAAAUCUUACAACUACAGAAGACUGCCCACCACAUCUGUUAUAAUUGCUUUCUACAAUGAAGCCUGGUCAACACUGCUGCGGACGAUACACAGUGUUCUUGAAACAACACCUUCAGUGCUUCUGAAAGAAAUUAUACUGGUGGAUGACCUGAGCGAUAAAGUGUAUUUGAAGGCUGAACUCGAAAAAUACAUAAGCAGUCUGAAAAGAGUUCGCUUGAUAAGAACCAACAAACGAGAAGGAUUGGUUCGUGCACGCUUGAUUGGCGCUACCUUUGCUACCGGUGAUGUUCUCACAUUCCUGGAUUGUCACUGUGAAUGUGUUUCCGGCUGGCUGGAACCACUGCUCGAAAGGAUUGCUGAGAAUGAGACUGUUAUUGUUUGUCCUGUCAUUGACACCAUUGACUGGAAAACAUUUGAAUACUACAUGCAAACGGCAGAGCCCAUGAUUGGGGGCUUUGACUGGCGGCUGACGUUCCAGUGGCACUCGGUGCCUAAACACGAACGUCUCAGGCGCAGAUCUGAAACCGAUCCAAUCAGAUCCCCAACUAUGGCUGGUGGCUUGUUUGCUGUCAGCAAGAAGUAUUUCGAGUACCUGGGAACCUAUGAUACAGGAAUGGAUGUUUGGGGAGGGGAGAACUUAGAAUUAUCAUUUAGGGUUUGGCAGUGUGGCGGCAUGUUGGAGAUUCAUCCGUGCUCCCAUGUGGGCCAUGUGUUUCCAAAGCGCGCGCCCUAUGCUAGACCAAAUUUCCUUCAGAACACGGCACGUGCUGCUGAGGUGUGGAUGGAUGAGUUCAAAGACCACUUCUACAACAGAAAUCCUUCAGCAAGGAAAGAAAAUUACGGAGACAUUUCUGAAAGAAAGAUUCUUAGAGAGCGUUUGAAAUGCAAGAGUUUUGACUGGUAUUUAAAAAAUGUAUUUGCUGAGUUGCACGUACCAGAAGAUCGUCCAGGCUGGCACGGUGCUAUCCGCAGCAUGGGAAUACCUACAGAGUGCCUUGAUUAUGUCUUACAGGAACAUAAUCCUACAGGGUCUCACCUUUCACUCUUUGGCUGUCAUGGGCAGGGAGGCAACCAAUUUUUUGAAUAUACAUCAAAUCAGGAGAUUAGAUUUAACUCUGUAACUGAGUUGUGUGCUGAAGUCCCUGAGCGUGAAGAUUUCAUAGGUAUGAGGAGCUGCCCAAAAGAUGGAUCUCCCAUCCCAGAAAUUAUUAUCUGGCACUUCAGAGAAGAUGGGACUAUUUAUCAUCCUCACUCGGGGAAGUGCCUUACUGCUUAUCGUACAACUGAGGGGCACGCUGAUGUGCAAAUGAGAACUUGUAAUACUGGAGAUAAAAAUCAGAUUUGGAAAUUUGAAAAAUAAUCACUGCUGGUAGUGUGAAUUGAAUGGACUGUGAUCUCCAAGCUUUUUACACGUGUGAGCAGAUAGCAGUGUUUGAUUGAGUACCUUGGAAUGUUUUCGGAUGUGUCUGUAGUGAUGAACUAUAUGGAAAGCAAAAGUAAAUAGUGGGGUUUGGUUUCUAAAACAUGGAUUAGAACACCUGAUACUUUUUACUUUUGUAAAAUUUUGAUCCAUUAUUAAUUUGCUCAGUCUUGAAUAUGGUAAAACAAAACUUUCUGAGUGGACUGAGGAGGGAUAUUUUCCAUCUUAAAAUUAUGCAAUAAUCCUGCAAGAUAAUGUUACAUGUAAACAAAAAAAAUUUACUUACAGAAUGAAAGUUAAGGUUCUUGCAGUGGUA